UACUUGUUACGAUACCUUCGAGUAUCCUGACGAUGGAGCUCUGUUGGAAGUUUUUGUUGGAGUUCUACGGCUACAUAGAAUUCAAAGUCGUUUUAUUCGGCUUGUUGCUGUUUCUCCCUAUGCUAAAUGGAGUUGAUCCUAAGUGCAAUUAUUCUGGAAAUUUAAAAGCUGGAGAAAAAUGUUAUGUACAUAAUCCCGAGUUUCCUAAUUACUACAAAGGUGAAAAUCACUAUGUUUGGAAAUUAGCAAGUGACAACGUUAUUAAAAUAAAUUGUUCUCUUCAAACAGGUAAUGAUUGUAAUCAAGACAGACUUUCCGUUAAAUUUUCUGAAGAUAAUAGAUUGUAUUAUUGUGGAUUUGACACAUUCGUUUAUGAAGGAAAAAAUCCAAUUAUAAGAUUGGACUCGCUAAUUGAAUCUCAAGGCGGCCGAUUUAUAUGCGAAGUUCAAGCUUUAAAAGAUAAUUUAAAUAAAUGCCAAUGUGGUUGGAAAAAAGUAACCAGGAUAGUAGGUGGUAAGGAAACUGAGAUCAAUGAAUAUCCCAUGAUGGGUGGACUCUUUGAUCUUAAAAACCCACAACUUAUAUAUUGCGGUGCUACCAUAAUAUCCAACAUACAUAUUAUGACGGCAGCUCAUUGCAUAGUGAACAAAGACCCUAGUGAAUUUGCUGUAAUUUUUGGUGAACACGAUAUAAGCACAGAUAGCGAGACCAAAUCAAGUCAUGUGUUUUACAUAAUCGGAUGCGUGAUUCCUCCUGACUAUAAUUCAAAUCCUGGCAAUAAUUCAAAUUUGAUAAUUAACAAUGAUGUAGCUGUUUGUGAAGUUCAUGGUUACAUCGAAUAUAGUGCUGAGGUUGGUUCGGUUUGCUUACCAUUUCAACAUAAAAAUGACUCGUUCGAUGAUAGUAUCGUCACAGCGUUGGGAUGGGGUUUAACGGAAUAUGCCGGCCGUGAAUCGAAAACGCUACAAAAAGUGGAUUUAAAUAUAAUAUCUCUUCAAAAAUGCAGAUCAUAUUAUUCUGAUGUAUCCGACCGUAACAUGUGUACUUUUACUCCAGGAAAGGAUACUUGUCAGAUGGACGGUGGUGGACCUCUUCUAUGGCAGAAUCCUACCACGAAUAAUAUUUUUUUGAUUGGAAUUAUAUCUGCCAGUAGUAACUGUGUUUCAGAUAUGCCUUCUGUCGAGACUCGUGUAGGAGUUUUCUUAGAUUGGAUACUAAUAGUAACACCUGGUCUAGGCUAUUGUAGUGUUGAGUGAUCUCUGCAUUAAAAGGAAGAAUCAUUUUAUUAUUGUUUUAUAUAAGAUUACGGACCACUUUGGCGCUUUAUUUAUGUUGCACUUUUGCAAUAAAAUAAAAUAUGUAUGACAUAUUCUGGAUUAUAUCCACAAAUAUGUAUUAUAUAUCUGUAUAAAGAAAUAUGCCCACAUAAGUAUGUAUCUGGU